AUGGUGAACUGUGGGAAGCAGAAACCUGAGGUGGAGGAGUGCUUUGCUGUAGCUUUGAAAGUCAGUUUAAUAUCCCUGAAGUAUUCUGUAACUUCUCUCAAGACCAUCCCAGAAUUAUGUAGAAGGUGUGAUUCACAAAAUGAAGACAGAUCAGUUUCCAGCAGCAGCUGGAACUGUGGAGUCUCAAGUCUUAUCGGAAAUGCACAAAAACCAACAGGAAUUGCAGAUGCGUGCAAUAAAUUCAGACCAGUGAAGAGGGUUUCCCCAUUAAAGCACCAGCCAGAAAGCUCUGAGAACAAUGAAAGUGAUGACCAGAAGAACCAGAAGGGAGAAUACCAGAAAGGCAGUGAUUCUCAAUCUGCACCUCCAAAUGAUGACCAGAGCCCAGGAGAAGAAGAGAGCCUUAAAAGUAAAAACAUCGAACCCACUGUUCUGCUUGGGGAGCUGGAGCACUAUGACCUGGAUAUGGAUGAAAUUUUGGAUGUGCCUUACAUCAAAUCAAGCCAGCAGCUUGUUCCUUUUACAAAGGUAGCUCCUGAGAAAAAACUUUUGGGUGUAUGUUCAACAGUGAAUGGUCUUAGUGGCAAGACCUGCUCUGCAGGGAAUGCAGAGAGCUCGCCUGCUGGCGGGACGCAGUUCUGUGUGCUGUCUCCUGUGAAAGGCUCUCAGCUGAGAAAAACACAGCCCAUUGUCUUUGAUCAGCACAAGCAUUUAACAGAAGAAUUAGAGCUUUCCCAGCCUUUAGUUAAGUGUAGCUCAGUCCAUGAAUCUGAAGCCCAGGGCAAGGGCUUCCUCAGCAGGACAUUUGUUGAUCCUCACGCUCACAAAACUGAGAAGACUAUGCCAAACUGCCACCUGAGGACUUUCCACCUGCAGACAGCGGUGGCAGAAAGCAAGCAGCUAGAGGAAUUGAGUAUGAACUGGAGCAGUGCAGAGGGCCCCGAAGAGAGGAGCGAAGAGGUGAAAAAAAUUAAGAGCAUCUUAAACAUUGUAAAGGAAGGCCAAAUAUCUUUACUGCCACAUUUAGCAGCAGAUAAUCUGGAUAAGAUCCAUGAUGAAUGUGACAACAAUCUGUUGCAUGUAGCAGCAUCAAAGGGACAUGCAGAAUGUCUGCAGCAUCUCACUUCUUUGAUGGGUGAAGACUGUUUGAAUGAACGAAACAUUGAGCAGCUAACUCCAGCUGGAUUAGCAAUAAAGAAUGGUCAGCUGGAGUGCGUUCGGUGGAUGGUGAGUGAAACAGAAGCUAUUGCAGAAUUAAGUUGCUCAAAAGACCACCCAAGCCUUAUUCAUUAUGCAGGUUGCUAUGGCCAGGAGAAAAUCCUUCUGUGGCUUCUUCAGUUUAUGCAAGAACAAGGGAUUUCACUGGAUGAAGUUGACCAGGAUGGAAAUACUGCUGUCCACAUAGCUGCUCAACAUGGCUACCUAGGAUGCAUACAG